UUAGAAUGUUAAAGUCCUCAGAGUGCAAUGGCAAACAUCAAAUAGUUUCAUUUACAUUUUGUCCUUUGAAUUUCUAUUUUGUAAUGGAAACAAGUACUUCAACAUUUGCACAAUUUGCUUAUGAUUCAAUUCGCCUUCUGUUUACUGUUCUUCAGGUGAAUUCGAACAUAUCACAACUGCAAGCAACAACAUAUCCAAAUCUUGCUUACGUUUGCAAUCCUUUCUCUGCGCCGCCAGAAUAUAUAUACCAGCCGGAUAACUGUCCUGCUAAUACGAUUAAGAUUGGCGACAUACCAAAGAUAUUGAUUCUGUUUACUUGUUCUGAUGCCAAUAGUGGAACCUGUCAAGAGGGACAAUUCAUAUCUGCUAGUGAUUACAAAACAGUGGAGGCUUACACAAUUUCAAUUCAAAACCUGCUAAAUGUUUAUCCUGACAUGGAAAGCCUAGUAGAAUGCCAGUCAGUGAAGGACGUGUUUUCUGAGAUCCUUCGCGACCACUGCAAACCAGUGAAGAGAUCCGUGCGCAUGGCAUGGGCUGCAAUGGUGUUUCUGUCAAUCACCAUGGUAGUUUUGGUUCUGAUAUGGACAGCACAAGCUCGUCAUGAUCAAGAACUUCAUUCUUUAGAUGGUUCUGUCAAACCUCAAUCUUCAACAACAAAUUCAUUGGAAUCCCAAGCAAAUAAUGAAGUGAUCAAAGAUCACUCAUCAAAUCCUAAUUCAGUCUAGAAAAUUGCAAAUUUCAUGAUUGUUACUCGGGAAGACAAUGCCACAAGCAGCUUCCAAGAACACCGGCUAUAGCAUCAACACAAUAGUUUGUACAGGUAGAGAUACAAAAAUUGCGAUAAGGAUAGCCAUAGACUAUGAAGGCAGACAAAGAAAUAGAAAGCCUAGUAGAAACAAGAUUAAAGUUUAUAUUUUUUACUAUCAUAGCAUUACAGAUUUUGCUUCUAUAAUAUCAUAUAGGGUCAAAUCUGGGGAUCAACCCCAUAACACAGAUGUAAUGUUGCUUGUUCAGCAAUAAAAAAGAAAAAUUCCUUU